AUGACGAUGUUACCUCAAGUGGCGGCCGACGACUACACCGUCACCAUCACCAAGGUGCAGCUUACCAAUUGGUGUCAUCACUUGGACAAGAAUGAUGGAGACGAAGAGUGGGCGUGGAACGUCAUCGUCGACGGAAAGAGCAUGUGCGUGACGGGCAACAGCGACAACAGCAUGCCGUGGGAGCAAGCGCUCCAGUGGGAGGCCGACUUCACGACUCAGAGCUCGCAGCUGACGAUCAAGAUCGACGCCUGGGAGAAAGACGCCGACGGCGCGAUUUGCACCUGGGCCCACGGCGACGAUCCGUCGCAGCGCGUGCAGGACGAGUUCACCUUCUCCGCGAUGACCACGGGUCAAACACAGACCUGGUCCAGGACCAUGACCUUCCAAAACAGGGACGACAUGCCGUGGGACGGAUACUGCAGCACCACGAUCGAAGGCAGAGUGACCAAGAUCGCAUCCAGCACUGUGUCGGAGGGAGCGCCGCGGAUCAUGGGAACCCAGAUCACCCUGGUCAACAACGUGCCGAAGCUGCGCAUCACCGGCAGGGACCUCCACCCGGACCCGCAGGAGCUGCCCGUGGUGCAGAUCACCGGUGGUGGUGGUGGUGAUGGUGGCAGCACUGCGUGCAUCGCCAACUCUAUCCAAGCCUCCGCGGUGGAGAUCACAUGUAACUUGGUCAAGCCCGAGUCGGCCAUGGUGAGCUCUCUCGACCUGCAGGUGCAGGUGGAGACCCGGUUCGGCCUGUCGCGCACGGCCCCUACGAGCUUCGCAAAGUGCGGGCAGGAGUGCCUGCAUGGGGGCGCCUGCUGGUGGUCGAAGGACAUCUCCAACGUUGAGUGCGUGUGCCCCGAGCUCGCUUACGGUGAGUGGUGCGAAAACGAGUAUGGUGACGAGGAGCCGAUUCUGCGGUCCACGGCGCCGCUGGGAGGUGACCACACGCGCGAGACGGAGACGGUGAUCGCCCUCGUGGGCCUUGUGAUCCCCCGGGCCAACUUGUCCAUGAUGGCCAAAUGCGUGAUCUCGCACGCCACCACUGUC